CUGUCACCUGCCUGGGCCCGCCUGGCCCUUAUAAAAGGACUCUCCACCACACUGGUGUUAUCUUCUGGAGACACUGAGGCAUACAUCUCCUUUGAAGCUUCUGGCUCCUUGCUGUCCAGGAACGAUGUCCUAUCAACAGCAGCAGUGCAAGCAGCCCUGCCAGCCACCUCCUGUGUGCCCUGAGCCUUGCCCACCCCCAAAGUGUCCAGAGCCAUGUCCCCCUCCUCCAUGCCCACCUGUGAAGUGCCCACCUCCACCCUGCCAGCAGAAGUGCCCUCCUGUGCAGCCGUGCCCCCCCUGCCAGCAGAAGUGCCCACCCAAGAGCAAGUAACAGCAGCAGGAUGCAUCAUGACCAUGAAACAACAAGACACAGGGUCUCCUGUGGAUGUCUCAGGACUCCAUCCCCUCCCCUUCAGCCACGAGCACAGAAUGCAUGUUCUCUGACUUGCCACCUGGGUUGACAGCGGACAGAGAAAAGGCUGGGUUCCCGAAGCUGAUACCACAUUGUGGGAAGAUGAGCAGUGGGGUCGUGGCCUAAUUGCACUUUGCCAUCUGUCUGUCUGUGAUCUGGGUGGUGAUCUCUCCCCUGUGAGCCUUUUGGUAUCUCUAUUUGUUUGCUUCUCCAAUAAAGCACACGUGUCAUGGUCGAGACCACA